AUGCUUUUGAAAGGCGGGCGUCCCUCGGUGUCGUGUAACGGGAUGAAGCAGACGGGGGUUCAACUGACGCAAUGCGUCAUUCCGGAUGACGACGACGCGCGUCGUGUGUCCAUAGUUUACAUUGCGCAGAUGUACUGCUCGGAUAUCUUGUUUCCAGCCGGAUCGCCCCCAGCAGUGGCUGGAUGCCCCGUUUUUAGUGAGUCCCGCGGCAGCGAUAGGAAUGGGUUUUGUGCUCUCAGCGAAGGUGCAGCGUCGAAGGAGCUGUGCGUGGAACGUCUCGCGGGCGGCAUCACGAAUGAAUUAUUCCGCGUGUACCACCCUGGCAACAACGCCCACUCAGUGGUUGUGCGUGUCUUUGGGAAGGAGACGGAGCGCGUUAUCACGCGUGAGAGCGAGUUUUUCUACCAGUCCUUCUUUAUUCCCACCUACGUGCGUGGCAGAAAUUUCCUCAUCUACCAAUUUCUCAACUGCUACCGGGCACUGUCGUUCACAGAGCUCUCACAGGAGGCAAGUAAAAUGGCCUGCGAGGUUGCGGCAUUUCAGGUGCGGGCCACGCUAGAGGCCAAAUGUGACCAUCACAACCCACAACUCUCGGAGGAGGAGCGGGCAUACUGGAACGCCGUGGGCCCCACCCUCGGGGGCGGCCACGCUGCGGUAACCGACGUGUGCCGAUUCGAUCGGGAGGAAAAUUACACCCUGCACGCGCUGACAAGGUGGACGGAGCAGAUGCUGUCAGAGGGGGUGCUCAGUAAGGUGUGCGCGGGGAAGCGGGCGGACUACGAAAGCGUCGCCAGGCAACUGAAGCAGGAGGCGUUGUGGGUGCGGAACCUGCUACUUCGCCACGCGGCCCUUCUUGGGGAGAGUGUCUGUCACAACGACCUCCUUGGCGCGAACAUCAUGCGACACAGCGAGAGUGGUGCUCUUAAAAUAAUUGAUUUUGACUACGUGAAGCGAAACUACUUUCUCUUUGACAUUGCCAAUCACUUCAACGAAUACGCAGGGCUGGAGUGCGACUAUGACAAGUAUUUUCCUUCCGAUGCGGAGAUGUCGAGCUUCAUCGGGGUCUACAGAAAGGCAAUGCGUGCGGAGCUGCAUAGACAUCGUGAGGACGCACGUGGCAAGCAACUAGAGGAGAUCAUUCCAGGGGAGAAGCACUUCUUUCUGUGUGAGACUGACAAUGACGAAGAGGAGGCAACCAUUGCAUAUUGGGUGCGGCUUGUCAAGCUUCUUACCUUGGCAUCGCAUCUCUCUUGGGGCAUUUGGGCAUUGCUCCAGGAGGCGGUGUCUGCAUUGGAGGUCGACUUCUUGCUUUACGCUAAGUGCAGGCUGAAGCGCUAUGUUGAAACAAAGGAUACAUUUUCUUUGGGGUUCCGCUGA